UGUUAACGUAUAUUAAAAUCGACCAUAUGCACUCUCGUGACAUCAUCAACCUGAGACGACGAUAGCAGCGUUGCUGAAAACUGAAAAUGCUAUUUUAUUCGUUUUUCAAGUCUUUGGUGGGGAAGGACGUAGUGGUGGAGCUAAAAAAUGACUUGAGCAUCUGCGGAACACUCCACUCUGUUGAUCAGUACUUGAACAUCAAGCUGACGGACAUCAGCGUCACCGACCCAGAGAAGUAUCCGCACAUGCUGUCCGUGAAGAACUGCUUCAUCCGAGGCUCCGUGGUCCGGUAUGUCCAGCUCCCUGCAGAUGAGGUGGACACUCAGCUGUUACAGGACGCCGCUCGCAAGGAGGCCCUGCAACAGAAGCAGUGACCAGGCUUGGAGUGGUUCAGCUAGCCUGAGUGCUGCACGCUUUGUGCUGUCAUGCCAACUACUCGCUGUAUUUUUGCUCAGCAACAUGUAACAGGGUUGGCGGGGGGCACUAGCGGAUCUGGGAGCAGGCUAGAGGUUGAGGGCUGCUGGUGUGGACGGGGUGGGCAGAUGGACUGAUUGAUUUAGUUGGGGAUUUUGAGGUCAGACGGGUAUCAAACGUUUCAGCAAAUGUCAUUUCUUUCUUUUGGGGCAUAAAAUACUUUUAUACAAAACUGUAUUCUCAUAAAAAUGCAUUCCUGCCAACACCUGCGUUUCUGAGAUUCUAUAGAUCUGUGUAUAUAUGUAAAACUCUCCAAUUACAACAGUACAUAUAAGUGAACAGAUGUUUGUAUUAAGCAAUAUUUCAAUAUUUCAUUGGUUUGUAUGGCAUUGUGUGCAGAUGUUAGAAUUAUACAGUCCAGAUCCUGCCCAGGUUAUUUUGUCUGUUUUUAUUUUUAAAGUUUUUGAGAAACAUUGUCUUAUUUGCAAAGUUAAUAUCCUCGCUCAUUGUCGAUGAAUUAUCGUUUUUCUUUCUUUAGCUGAUCAGGUGAUUCCUCACUUUGUGUAAAAUAAUUUGUUUUGAGCUUGUGUAAGAGACUCAAUGUUUUUUGAUCACCGUUUUCAUAUGUGGUGUACAUAAACCUUAUUUGAAUCCUUUUGA